UUGAAAGCUAAGAAUUUUCAAUAUUGGACGAAGAUCCUUUACAUAUAAAGUAGUGUUGCAGUCGCUGAAGCACACAGUAUCGGAGUUUAAAAGAGACAGCGCUAUAAUACACGUCAGUCUUUGUGUUAGAUAUAUCCCGUGUCUCUUAACAAUUAGAUAGUUGUCUCAUUAAAUGUUGUAUUGAUACAAAAAGAAUUAAGCAAACAUUUUUGAGUGUAUUUAACGAGAUACCUGGGAUGAAUACGUAGAAAGAGAGAUGAUAUAAACAUAAUAUUUCAGAGGGAACAAAACGUGCAAUCCCAACAUUUAUAAAAAUAAGGUAAAAUGAAGCCAACAAAGAUAAUAUUAUUAUCCUGUAUUUUUGCAAAGAUAUUUAUCAUUUCAAAUGUACAUGUAUAGACCUAAAAUCUCUCUGCAGUUGGAUUACUGAAAGGAUUUAUAUUCAUAAAUCAGUACCCACUGAAUAUCAUGGCAAAGGCAAAUAAUAUGACAGACAUAGACAAUCCAUCUGAUCCAGAUGGCUAUACUGUCGUUACAACAAAUACGUACAGCAUCGGAAAUACCACUAACCAUUCAAAUGGUACUGGAACAGCAUACGAAAGGAACGAAACACUUGCAAAAGCCGAAAUUGCUGUCCUUGGAACAAUAUUGUAUUUGGCACUUUUCGGAAACCUCAUCGUCAUUAUUGUACUUUUAUACAGAAAGAGAAAGUUAAGCAGGAUGCAAAUGUUUAUAAUACAUCUAGCAAUAGCGGAUAUUUCAGUAGCGUUGUUUCAAGUAUUGCCUCAACUAGUUAUGGAUAUUACUAACAGAUUUGAUGGAAAUAAUUUCUUGUGUAAACUCACAAAGUAUAUGCAAGUUGCAACUAUGUACAGUUCCACAUAUGUCUUAAUCAUGACCGCUCUCGAUCGGUAUAUGUCUAUUUGCCACCCUCUGACGUCACAAACAUGGACGACAAGGCGUGUGCAUCUUAUGGUUUUGAUCGCUUGGAUAUUGUCCGGGUUGUUCUCAAUACCGCAACUUAUCAUUUUUUCGUACGGUAAAAGUCCGUAUAAUGAGGCUUACGACUGUAUUGACAACUUUGAUUUCGAAAAUGCAUACUGGGAACUGCAAGCGUAUGUUCUAUGGAUUUUUGUGUCUGUUUACGCUAUUCCAUUUGUCAUAUUGACAGUAUGCUAUAGCAAAAUAUGUCAUGUUGUCUGGAUUAGUGUUAAUGCUAAGGAAAAUCACAGUAAUUCCGGGAAACAAAAGAAAUACUUGAAUAAAAGCGCAAGCAUACAAAGGGAAAUUAGAAAGCCUAGAGCACAUUCCAAAAAGAUGUCAAAGUCCAAAAUCAAAACAGUAAAACUGACUCUCACUGUUGUAUUAUGUUUCAUUAUAUGUUGGGCUCCAUUUUUCAUCACGCAAAUGUGGUCAGCUUUCGAUUUGAAUGCUCCGUAUUAUACAAGUCAUAUCAUGGCUAUCGCCACCUUGCUUGCGAGUCUCAACUCGUGCACAAAUCCAUGGAUAUAUUUGGCAUUCUCUGGAAGACUCUGCAAGCGCCAAAAACGACCAAGAUCAAAGACAACAUGGAUGUCAAGCGUAAACACGUAUACUACAGAAGCUGGAGAAACAAUGCGUAUGCGAAAAAUAACGUCAGACUCGACUUCAUUUACACGUUCUUUUGAUGACAAAGAUGUUUGCAAAGCAGCAGAUGACGUGUAGAUUUUGGUUAUAUGUUUUUGUUGCAGUUGUGUUGUGCAUAUGUGAAAAGCUUUCUAUGGUUACACUUUCCUUACGUUUGGACCAAUGACUCUUCAUCAGCUGUCUUAAGCAAAGGCAGAUAUAUUGCAUUUUACAUAUACAUCUUGCUAACCCAUUUGCUGAAAUAAACUAAAUCAUGUCCCA